GCUCCUUGCUUCGUCAGUGAGGCCUUCUCCGCAGCAGCUGCCCAGGAACUCUGGCUGUGCCACCCCCCCCUUGGGUACCACGGGCACCCUGGGAGCAUGGCCAACGAAGACCUCAUCUUCCGCCUGGAAGGCGUUGGCGGCAGCCAGACCUCCAGGGCUGGCCAUGACGGGGACUCUGACACAGACAGCGACGACGACGAAGCGUACUUCAUCUGCCCCAUCACCGAGGACCCCCGGGCACACCAGCAUGGCUGCUGCCAGGUUGGUGACUACUGCAGCGACCUAAGGAAAAGCGAGCAGCACGGCUUCGGCGCCUCCCCGGGGAGCUCCUUCAAUAUCAAGGAAGCUUGGAAGCAUGCCGUGGAGAAGGCCAAGCACAUGCCCGACCCCUGGGCCGAGUUCCACCUGGAGGACAUCGCCGCCGAGUCUGCGACGCGCCACAGGUACAACGCUGUCACCGGGGAGUGGCUGCAGGACGAGGUUCUGAUCAAGAUGGCCUCUCAGCCCUUCGGCCGUGGAGCGAUGAGGGAGUGCUUCCGGACGAAGAAGCUGUCCAACUUCCUGCACACCCAGCAGUGGAAGGGGGCCUCCAACUACGUGGCAAAGCGUUACAUUGAGCCGGUGGACAGGAACGUGUACUUUGAGGACGUGCGUCUGCAGAUGGAGGCCAAGCUCUGGGGAGAGGAGUACAAUCGGCACAAGCCCCCCAAGCAGGUGGACAUCAUGCAGAUGUGUGUGGUGGAGCUGAAGGACAGGCCGGGCUCACCCCUCUUCCACCUGGAGCACUACAUCGAGGGCAAGUACACCAAGUACAACUCCAACUCAGGCUUCGUCCGUGAUGAUGCGCGCCUGACGCCGCAGGCCUUCAGCCACUUCACCUUUGAGCGUUCCGGGCACCAGCUGAUCGUGGUGGACAUCCAGGGUGUGGGCGACCUCUACACCGACCCACAGAUCCACACCGAGAAGGGCACUGACUUUGGAGAUGGCAACCUAGGAACGUCCCUGUUACUUCUCCAGCAAUCAGCCAAGACCAUCUUGAGGGGGACAGAGGAAAAGUGUGGGAGCCCCCUAGUGAGGACCCUCUCUGGGAGCCGGCCGCCCCUGCUCCUCCGCCUGUCAGAGAACUCUGGAGACGAGAACAUGAGUGACGUGACCUUCGACUCUCUGUCCUCCUCCCCAUCUUCAGCCACGCCACACAGCCAGAAGCUGGACCACCUCCAUUGGCCAGUGUUCAGCGACCUGGACAACAUGGCUCCCCAAGAUCACGACCAUCCCGACAACCACCGGGACUCUGAGAACAGUGGGGACAGCGGAUACCCCAGUGAGAAGCGGGGUGAGCUGGAUGACCCAGAGCCCCGAGAACAGGGCCACUCAAACGGUAGCCAGCGGGACGAGUCGGACGAAGACAGCCUGGGCAGCUGCGGACGGGUCUGUGUGGAGAAGUGGAACCUCCUUAACCCCGCCCGCCUCCACCUGCCCAGGCCUUCCACUGUGGCCCUGGAAGUGCACAGGCUUAAUGCUCUGGACCUUGGCAAGAGAAUCGGGAAGUCCGUUCUGGGGAAGGUCCAUCUGGCUAUGGUGAGAUACCACGAGGGCGGGCGCUUCUGUGAGAAGGACGAGGACUGGGACCGUGAGUCGGCCAUCUUCCACUUGGAGCACGCAGCCGACCUGGGCGAGCUGGAGGCCAUCGUGGGCCUGGGGCUCCUGUACUCGCAGCUGCCCCACCACAUCCUGGCCGACGUCGCUCUGAAGGAGACGGAAGAAAAUAAAACCAAAGGAUUUGAUUACUUACUGAAGGCGGCUGGCGCUGGUGACAGACAGUCCAUGAUCUUGGUGGCACGAGCUUUUGACACUGGCCAGAACCUCAGCCCAGACAGGUCCCGAGACUGGCCGGAGGCCCUGCACUGGUACAGCACUGCCCUGGAGAAAACAGACUGUGACGAGGGCGGUGAGUACGACGGGGUGCAAGACGAACCCCGGUACACGCUGCUGGCCAGGGAGGCCGAGAUGCUGUCUGUGGGCGGCUUCCGGCUGCAGAAAGACCCGCAGAGGUCAGGCGACUUGUACACGCAGGCAGCCGAGGCAGCGAUGGAAGCCCUGAAGGGCCGGCUGGCCAACCAGUACUACCAGAAGGCGGAGGAGGCCUGGGCCCAGAUGGAGGAGUAACGCGCCAGGAAGAUCACCUGGGCCGGUCCCCACACAAGGGCUAGAGGGGAAAAGACCCACCGACUCAUCCAGGGGCUAUUUGGGGUAUUUUUAGUGUGUUUACAUCAACUUUUGUACAUCAUUCUUUGACUCAUAAAAACGUCUUUGCUAUCAGCAAAGACACAUAGCUGUCCCCCAGGUGGUGUUUUGGGGGCGUGGGGAUUGAAAAAGCAGCCUAAUGAACCGG